AUGGCCAUGGGCACACUGCUUGGCGAGAUCCCGACGUUUAGCAAUCAACCCUUGACGGUCACACAGACAAGUACAAACAGCGGCUUGGCGUAUGGCUCCCUGCCGCUCGCCGCUCCCGUUGCAAGCUCUUCCCCAUUCGCUGCCGUGCCGCUCUCGACCUCAAAGCCUGGAAUGACGGGGCUCACCUACACGACAACCUCAACACCUCCAGUGUCCUACAUGGUCCCCAGCCGCACAAACUCGGCUUAUGUUUACGGCCAAGGUAAUGUCCCGGGCGGCGUCAGCUUGCCUCCGUUCGAAUUCAAGUUCGUCAAGGAUGACUACUUCGAUUCUCCAUCGCCGGUGGACUCAACGAGCAACUACCACAAGGGCUAUGACAUGCCGGGAGAGUACGCUGAUGUCUCAGCCUUCCCUGCGCCGCAGUCGAUGGGGGCGCACAUGCAGGAAGCAGAUCGCCUGGACAGAGAGAUCGAAGCCCACGACCAGAAAGUUCGAGAGCUGGCUGCGCAGCCUCUCUCCGUGCAGAGCUUGGAGACACAGAUCCAGGAGCUCUUGGAUGGGCAAGAGUCCUUGCGGUACGAGCUGCGGCAGGUGAAGAUGCAGGUGGAGCAGAAUGCCUCAGACCUCGAGACCAUCCGCCGCGACCGGCACAUGCCGCAGUCAGCUGCGGGCUCGAUGGUGCAGGCCCAUCCCUUGCCAGUGGUGCAGCAGCCUCCGCCGCCCAUGCCUUCGGCGCAAAAGCCCAUGGCACAGCCUAUGGGGCAGCCAAUGACACAGCCGAUGACACAGCCGAUGACGCAGCCCCAGCCGGUCACGAUGCAGACGCAGAGGUCGCACCGACUGACCUUGCCACCGGAGCCUGCCGGUAAAUAUGACAAGAUGGUGCACAGCAACCUGGGCUACUGCAACGACGCUGGUUUCGACGCGUCGGACAUGCUGAGCAAGGCGCACGCCAGGGCAAUGGAUUCGGCGAUGAGCCUGCACCAGACUGUCAAGGGCUACGUCGCUAACUUCCAGGAUCGCCGAUAA